GUAUAUUAAUAUAGCCACUUCAGAUGUAUUUUGUUAAGUAUUUUUACAGUAUAUACUUUUUCGUACUUUUAUUUGUAGCCUAACCUCCUUUUUUUUUAUUUAAUUUUUUAAGUUAGCUUCUUGAGAUAGCAUAUGGUUGAGUUUGCUUUCCAUUCUAGUUUGACUAUCUGCCUUUCAGUUGAAGUAUUAGAUGGAAUAUUUUAUUUAAAGUAAUUGUGUGAUUGGCUUUAAAUUUACCACCUUGCUCUUUAUUUACCAGUUUUUUAAUUUUCUUCUGGGCUCUCUGUGUUUACUAUUUGGUAGAAUUGCUUUGUUUUUGUGGAUGAAGGUCGUAGAUUUUAUUUCUCCCUCCCAUGCAAGCAUGUGGAGUAAAUUGUCCCCCUGGAACUGUUCUUUGCCUCUAUAAUUUUAUGAAGCCUCUUCCCCUUUUUUAUGAUCAGAGGGAAGUGGGUAUGUUAUAUAACCACCCAACCGACCAGUCAGUUGUCUUCAAGUACAUUGUAACUCAUGGUGACCCCAUGAAUCUAGGCUGGAUCUAUUCUUUAGAAAUAAAUCACUGGAUAUCACCCUGUAGAAAUUAUUUUAUUCCUUUCUCUUUAUUUUCUCUCUUAGGAAUUAGAAAUUAAGAAGAUGGCCAAGAUUGGUAAUAAAGAAGCUUGCAGGGUUUUAGCCAAACAGCUUGUUCAUUUGCGGAAACAGAAAACAAGAACCUUUGCUGUAAGUUCGAAAGUCACUUCUAUGUCCACACAAACAAAGGUGAUGAAUUCUCAGAUGAAGAUGGCUGGAGCAAUGUCUACUACAGCAAAAACAAUGCAGGCAGUUAACAAGAAGAUGGAUCCACAGAAGACGUUACAAACAAUGCAGAAUUUCCAGAAGGAAAACAUGAAAAUGGAAAUGACUGAAGAAAUGAUCAAUGAUACACUUGAUGACAUCUUUGAUGGCUCUGAUGAAGAAGAAGAAAGCCAGGAUAUUGUGAAUCAAGUUCUUGAUGAAAUUGGAAUUGAAAUCUCUGGAAAGAUGGCCAAAGCUCCGUCAGCUGCCCGAAGUUUACCAUCUGCCUCUACUUCAAAGGCAACAAUCUCUGAUGAAGAGAUUGAAAGGCAACUCAAAGCUUUAGGAGUAGAUUAGACAACAAAGUCGUAAUAUUUUUCUUAUUUAAUAUUGUGUAGUAUAAACCAGGCACAGUGCAGAUUCCUUUUACAAAACAAGUUUAUUUUGCAAAAAUGAAGACCAUGAGUGAACAGUUGUUUCCUAACCCAUGGCUAUUUUGAAUCUUUUGCCAAAGAAUGACGAUGCAAAAAUGGGAACAGUUCGGAUUUUAAUUACAACUGUUUAGGAGUGAUGAUCUGCAAAAAGUUGACUUCUUUUCUGCAUGGCAUAGAGAAAUUAUAUUCAUUACUUAGUGUCAAUUUAUGUUCUCAAUCUUUUUACACUGGAUAUAAGAAUCUUGUCAAUUGUCACUAGGCACCAACUUAAAAAGACUUGUAAAAAUAUUAGAAGUAUAUAAUUAAUUCUGUAUCUGUUGCUUGUCCUUUGUAAGCGAUUGUAUGUUAUGACCAUAGGCGGUUCAGCUGCCAAAUUAUUUUUUAAUGAUCUAAAAGUAAAGUGCUAUUUAAACAUCUGUCUAAAAAGAAAAAACUGUCAUGAUCUUUUUUUAUUUUUUCCUUUGGGAGAACAUUCUAGUUGGUAAGUUUAUUACCUUUUAAAAUGUGCUUGGCACUUGCCUUAAACAGCACAAACAUAUUGUGCACAUCUUUAAAUUAUUUUAACUGGCAGAAAAGAAUUACAUUUUAAACUAAAAUUGAGACCUCUUACAAAAAUUAAGGCUCUCUUUUGUAAAGUUUAUAAAAGUAAAUUGGAUGCAAUUAGCAAAAAACAAAAAAACUGAAUUAAUAACAUUUUGUAAGUAAUAAAACAGCAUAGUUUGGUCUUCUAAGAAAUAAGGAGAUUUUCUCCAUGUAAAUUAUAAUUUAAUCUCUGUUUAAUUUUGAACUAUAUUAUGUUGAACCCUGUAUCAUAUUGAAUGUCUAUAUUGAACCCUCUAAAUGGAAUGAUCACCUUCAGUUAAGGACUACCACUAUAACAAUACUUAACCUAAAUAUUUAAAAUAAAAAUUAACUUUUUUUUCUUGAUAAAUAAAGUACAACUUUGUCAAAAAUUACUGCCUAUAUGUGUAUUAUUGUAUUAGUACUAUUUUUUAAGGUACAGAUGCGUUGGUGUGAAAUGUAUAUAGAGUGAGAAAAUACAAAGGAAAGUGGAAGAUUAGUCAGAAGCAGAAUUUAGAGUUAGUUUUGAAAAAUGACUUUGUAAUGUGUGAGUUCCAGCACAUCCCACCAUAAAAACCCAGAGGAACUCAGAAGAAAGCUGGCUAAUUUGGGAUGAUAGACAUUUUGCACUGAUGUUGAUAAACAGUAAAUAAAUGUUAGGACAAGGAUACAUGUGGUAUAAGGGUUGGUGGGAGGAAUGAAAAGCUUAGCUGUGUAAUUUAUCAUCCAUAAACCAUUUUGUAAUGUUGAAAGAUUAGGUUUCCUUAUUGAUAGUAUUGAAUCCCACAGUUUCCCUGAAUAUUAAUGGGUCAAAAAAUUUUACUGUAUUAUGGAAUAUUAACCCAGGACAGUUUUUGAUUCUCAGAUGUAUGUGAUGAUGCCAAGUAACAUUAUUUUCUAUGUUGUUUACUUGUGGGGCUUUUGUUUUUACAAAUUAUUUUGUUAAAAAAACUCAAUAAAAUUUAUUGCUGUUACGCUUUUUUUUUUUUUAAUGUGCUUUAUUUUUGGCUCUGCUGAAAUAAAAACUGAUGAUUUUUCAAAAUAAUUUUUAUUAUUUUCCUGGAAGGAAAAUUAGAUAACUGUGCUAUUUACAUUUUAGUAGAAAAAGUCUGUUUAAGAAUUGGCAGCAAGGCUGAUGUUUGUGAAUGGAGUAAGCUUAAGUGUCAGUAAAUUCUUAUGAGUUUGACCUGGUAAUGCCUUUCCUAGACCUUUUGGAGAUAAACAUGUUUGUCUUGUUUUUAAACAUUUGUUGUUAGCUGCUGUUGAGUUGGCACCUGACUCAUAAUGAUGCAGUGCACAAUAGGAUCGGACCGUCAUGAUCCAGAGGGUUGUCACUGGCUGAUUUUUGGAAGUAGCUUGUCAGGCCUUUCUUCCUAGUCUGUCUUAGUCUGGAAGCUCCACUGAAAUCUGUUCAGCAUAAUAGCAACACAAGCGUCCACUAACAGAUGGUCGGUAGAUGUGCUUGAAGUAUAUUGGUUGAGAAUUGAACCCGGGUCUCCUGCAUGGAAGAUGAGAAUUUUCUGCCACUGAACCACACCACUGUCCGUUUCAACACUUACGUCUUUCAUUUUAGUCAAACAUGGAUACCUCAGAAGACUUUGGGACCCGAAAGAGCAUCAUGCAAUUCUGAUAUGGCUACAUUUAUAAAAUGCUGUGGUAGCAGUUUUCAAAUUGCUAUAAAUUUGUAAUGUUACUUUGUUCUUUGCGAAAAAUAAUUCCUUUUGGACCUUAGAGAUUAGGAAAUAAGGAUUUCUUAUACAUUGAGCACGACAGUACUGAUUUUUUUUCUUUUUUGCAAACCUGCUUUCCCUAACUUCCCUUUUUAAUAAAAUAAUUUCUCUAACAAUUGUAUUCAAAAUAUGUACUUUUUUUUAAACAAAACAUUGCCA